UCCUCAUGUCAAACAUCAGGUGUGGAUCUCAAGCAUCUCCCAGUGAAGGCUGUAGGUCUUUGAUAAAUGGCUUCACAAAAGUCAGAAGUCCCAGCCUGAAGAGAAAUACGUUUCUCAUGUUCUUCCCACCGCUUGGUGAUGGCACUCCAAAGUCAUUCUAUGAAGCUGGCAUUUUCAUUCAGUUGCAACUAAACUGUUUUUUUGUGUUUUUUUAAAAUAUUUUUAAAAUUGAUUUUUAGUGAAAGAGGGAGAGAGAGAGAGAAACAUUGAUGUGAGAGCUGCCUCCCUCCCUAGGCAUGUGCCUAGAACCUGAAUCGAACCAGCAACCCUUCAGUGCAAUAGACAGUGCCCAACCAACAGCUACACCAGCCAAGGCACCCCUACACAGAUUUUUCAGGAAAGAAGCUGUAGAGGAUAGAGUUACCAUUGCAGUGUCCACACAAAUUCCUAGAAUCCUUUCAAGAUUUAGGGUCAGCAACAAUUCAGCAAGCCAGCUGGGUCCCAUGGUGACCGGUUCUGAAAGGAAUCAUCCCCUUCAGCAGUUACCUAGCGCCAUGGCAACCGAGACGUCAGCAAAGCAGGAUAGACAUUGGAACAAAACAGCUCCUACCAGGCUUUCUCCCUGCUUCUCUAAUUCAGCCCUGUCUGAGGCCUAGGGGUGGGGUGAAAGACGUGCAGACAUCCACACUCAGGAAAUCCUGUGUAUUUCGGUGACUUUUCCGAAGCGGGCUGAGAGCCAAGGCAAAGGCAGAGGACAGAUAUGAAUGUGUUCCCAAGCUUUCCUGGUGGCUUAUGGCAUUCUCCAAACUCCCAUGUAAGGGCUAUUGCUGACCAAGAAGACCCAAGGAGACUGGCUCUAAGAUCAAGUCCGGAUGGAGAACUAAGAGAAAAAAAAUGAAUAUGGUUUUUGCUCACAGGAUGGAGAACAGCAAGCCGCCUGUGGUUAUUCCGACACUUCUGGUGCCCCUCCAAAACCACAGCUGCCCCGACACAGCCACCCCUCGGCCAAGCCAUGACCUGGCGGAAUUCCACGAGGAGCACGGCUGGAUGAGCAACAGAACAGACCCGCAGUAUGGACCGAAACCCGGGGAAGUGGCCACGGCCAGCAUUUUGUUUGGGACCCUGUGGCUGUUGUCUGUCUUCGGCAAUUCCCUGGUUUGUCUGGUCAUCCAUAGGAGUCGAAGGACUCAGUCCACCACCAACUACUUUGUGGUCUCCAUGGCGUGUGCCGAUCUUCUCAUCAGCAUCGCCAGCUCGCCUUUCGUCCUGCUGCAGUUCGCCACCGGCAAGUGGACACUUGGCAGCGCCAUGUGCAAGAUGGUGCGAUACUUUCAGUAUCUCACCCCGGGCGUCCAGAUCUACGUCCUCCUCUCCAUCUGCAUAGACCGCUUCUAUACCAUUGUCUAUCCUCUGAGCUUCAAAGUGUCCAGGGAAAAAGCCAAGAAAAUGAUCGCGGCGUCAUGGAUCUUCGACGCAGCCUUUGUGACCCCCGUGUUCUUUUUCUACGGCUCCAGCUGGGACAAUCAUUGCAAUUAUUUCCUCCCUUCCUCUUGGGAGGGAACUGCCUAUACUGUCAUCCAUUUCUUGGUGGGCUUUGUGAUCCCAUCUGUCCUCAUCAUCUUAUUUUACCAGAAGGUCGUAAAGUAUAUUUGGAGAAUAGGCACUGAUGGCCGAACUGUGAGGAGGACAAUGAACAUUGUCCCAAGGACAAAAGUGAAGACGGUCAAGAUGUUCCUCAUUUUGAACCUAUUGUUUCUGCUCUCCUGGCUGCCUUUUCAUGUGGUUCAGCUGUGGCACCCCGAGGAAAGAGACUAUAAGAAAAGUUCCCUUGUGUUCGCAGCAAUCACGUGCAUAUCCUUUAGUUCUUCAGCCUCUAAGCCUACUCUGUAUUCCAUUUAUAAUGCUAGUUUCAGGAGAGGAAUGAAAGAGACCUUUUGCAUGUCCUCGAUGAAAUGUUACCGAAGCAAUGCCUAUACUAUCACAACCAGUUCGAGGAUGGCCAAAAAGAACUACGUGGGGAUUUCAGAAAUCCCUCCCGUGGCCAAAACGAUAACCAAAGACUCAAUCUAUGAUUCCUUUGACAGAGAAGCCAAGGAAAAGAAACUUGCUUGGCCCAUUAACUCAAAUCCUCCAAACACUUUUGUCUAAAAUCUCAGAAUUCUUUCGAAUAUUGUUAUGCGCCAGAGAUUAAAAACUUUAA